AUGUGCGGCACCAAGAUCUCGUACGCGUGCUCGACCACGCUCAUUUCGCAGUCGACCACAUGCUCCUGCGCAAAGGUCAUCGCCUGUGGCAAGAGCACACUCUACUGCGGCACUUGCAGCCACCCUCGGUGUAAGGAGCUCCGAAGCGAGAGUUCGAACACAGACGAGACAAGAAGAAGAAGAGGGCUUAGAGAGCCAGAGCAAGCACACAAGCUAGCAAGCAUGGAGGAGGAGGAGCAGAACUGGAAGCCAACCUAA